CUUGAACAUCCAGAGAUGGAAACAGAAGAAACUUCGAGCAAAUUGUUAGUCGUGAAAGGCGAAUCAAAAGAGGAACAGGAUGGAGUCACUACAAUCACACCUGUGAGCAAAACUGUUGACAAAGUUUCAAAAGAGAGAACUAGUAUAGACUUAUCAAAGCGUAGGACACACUGUGACAGGCAGAAAGAUGAUGGGACGAAAAUUAAAGCUAGAGAAGAGCAGAAAAAUGAAACUAGAGGAAACUCAAAUGCUUUGCAGAAAAGACCCAUAUCCAACAAUGAAAAGGAAAACGAAGACAAAAUUUCAAAGAAAAAUAAACUUGGAAAAAGAGAGAACACUAAAACUAGUAUACGCGAACCAAGUUUACCGGAUGGAAAAGAGACACAGAAACGAAAGUCUAAAACAGACAAAGCGUUAGAAGAUUAUAAAAUUGAUCAUUCUAGAAUAAAAGAAAGUCACGUAACCAAGACAAAUCAGAUCUCGCAGAAAAACAAAUCUGAAAAGACCCUUAAGCAAAAAACAGCAGCAAAUAACAAGAAAAGGAAAGGGUCAUUCACAAAGACAGUUUACACAGAACGCAAAAGGGAGGUCAUAAAUAUGAAAACGAAAAGAGAAAGUCUUCGUGAAACGAGAUCAAGCCUUCUGAUGCUAGAAGAUCCGAUUUUGGAAGAAUCAGAGGAAGAAGGACAGGAAACUGACGACGAGAAUACAGAAAGCGUUUACGACUCUCCCGAUUUCAAAGCUGUCACAAGUGUUAUCAUAUCUCCCAGACAAGAUACAGGAAGUAUCAAACCGCUUGAAACAGACACGGUCACUGAUCCACGGAGUGGAACGAUGGGACCACCAAUUUGUUCUGAAGAUGACGACGAAGUUGAGAGGAUUUCUUACAAAACGAACCUGUUUAGUCCGGAUUUCUUUUCCAGGGAUGAGAAAGUUCAACAGACCCUUGACACGUUCAAAAAGAAACAGCAAGAUAUCCAAGAAAAUCUGAAGAAGUUGGAGAGUAAGAAAGACAAAGAUGCCAAACCUAUCAUGGAAACGCUAUAUGAACAACUCCGAGAAACGGAGCAAUUGUAUCAACAGGCACUUGGUGAACUGAAAGAUGUACAAGAAGACCUUGGAAAGAAACUAGGGAAGAAAGAAGAUAAACCAGAAUCUCAGGAACCAUCAAGAUCGGAAAGGUCGCCCUCUAGGAAGCUAAAUUUAAGCCCAGAUGAGCAAGAAAUGACGUACGAGUUAAAGGCACAACUUAUGCGCAAUAUUGAAAUGCAGAACCAAAAGCUGAAGACGGAAUUAACACUUCACGAAAAGAUGAACGAAUCAAAGUUGUUAAACCAACAGAACAGAAAGCUUCAUGAAGAUUCCACAUUAUCCAGAACGAACACUCUCCGUCUGAUGAAAAUGUUCGAAAAGAAGGCGAAGGAUGCUGACGAAAAGCUGAAGGAAAUGCAGCGGGAACUCCACAAAUCCCAGCAGUUAACCAAGAAAUACCAACAACUGUUGGAGCUCGAGAAGAGAAAGUUGGGAGGAGUUGGAAGUGGUCACGUGACACCGGUGUCAACAGGCGAUGAAGGAGAGUCUCCCAGAGUGCCACAUCCGUCUUCAUACUCAUUGUUAGGUGGAAACGUACGGGUCAACGAUAUUAUUCGAAAAAAUGAGGUUCUUAUAGAGGAGAAUGGAAAUUUAAGGAGAGAAAUUCAGAGACUCAAGCAGGACAACGCCACGCUAAUAAAGAAAACCAAACACGCUAUGUCUGACAAGGAUGAAAUCAUUAAAAGAAUCCAAACCCUGUGUGCAGAAAAUGCCAGGAUGCAAAAUCAACUUUGCAAAGAGAGGUCACAACAUCGUCUGGAGACUGCUAAUAGCAGAAAUAGAACCCUAUCUAGGGAUCUGUCUCGUGAGAAAACUCAACAUAACAUGUUGUCUCGAAGCUUAACCAGACAAGCUUCAGACUGGAUAAUGUUAAAGAAGCAGUUAGCCCAGUUUGAUGAAGAAUAUAAAUGGAGUCAGGUGAAAACUCAAAAGGAGGAAGCUGACCAGCGAUUUGGGCGAUUGCCCCCAAUAUACACUGUCGGCCCACUGACACCAAUAACCGAGGUGUCCGCAGAGUUGUCUUCCCCUGUCACCACGUCGAUAAGUGACUUUGAUAUGGAUUUGCCCGCAGAGUCCGAUUAUGAGUUGGUUGGUCCAGUAAAUCCGACAGGUGCGGAGGAGAGGACGUAUCAUCAUCAGGCCCCCAGAAACAUAUAUAUGCCACAAUCAGCUAUGCCCAAGAACGAGGAAAUUUCCUAUGAAACAGAUGACGAACCUAAAGCAUUGGGAGAUGGGCUCUCAACAAAAUGUGUGUGCGACCAACCGUCCGCGUGUACCCGAGCAGUUCAUCUCUGUCGUGCACUCAGCAUGCAAAGCAGAGGUAUGAUCCAAGAGUACUUCUGUACGGGAAGCAUCAACGAAGACCAACUACAGUAUAAACAUAUCCCAGAAUUCCUGUCGAUUAGUCAAUCCAUUAAAGGACUGUCCCAUUUGAAACGUGUUUGUGCGACAAAGCUAAUGCACAAUUUAAAGAAAGAAAAUAUGUUUGAGACUUUUGAAUUGGCGGAUACCUAUGAACUCCAAGAGGUUUCAAAGAAAUGUGCUAACGAGAUUGUCAAAUAUAUCGAUGAUGUUAAAGACACUAGUCAAUUUUUGGCCCUGAGAAAUUCCCAAAUGAAAGAACUUGUACGAAGUAGAAGCAGCGAAGAAAAGCUGUUGAUUAGAGAUGCUGUUGAUAAAUGGUGGCAGUGCGACUCAAUGCGAAGGGGGGAGGUUUACACUUAUCUGCGAGACAAAAUUGCUGGCAAAGUUUUUCAUUCCGAUUCCUGGCCGGGUCGUGAUGGUACAAUUUACUUGUUCAUGUUUUCCAUGACAAAGUCUGGAGACCAAAUUUGUCCAGCUGCUUAUGUAUACAACAUCUCAUGUGGUACUGGAUAUUCAGUUAAGUUAAAAGACACUUGGGACCUCAAUGCCAUGUAUUCAUCUUGUUGCAUCCAACCAAGCGCAACAGAUCCACCAUAUAUUUUUGUAUCGGGAAAGGGGUCAAAAUCCGUGAAGCUGCUUCAAUGUGACGUAAUCAUGAAUAAAUGGAAAGUUUGUGCAAGUAUGAAAUAUCCCCGAACGCAUCAUGCAAUGGAAAGAGUAGGCGAAAAAGUAUAUAUUUUAGGGGGCAAAAUGGAAGACAAAAACGUUUCUCAUAUUGAGGAGUUUGACCAUAAAAAGAAUACAUGGUCGGUGGUUGGAAACUUAAAAUGGAAUGUUUCCUCAUCUCUGACUAUCGCUUACAAAAAGAAGAUUUUCCUGUUUGGUGGCAAAAACAAUGAAGGGGAAGACGUAUCUGCUAUUCAGGUAUUUGACGUGGAAGAUAAAACUGUCAAAGUCAUGGGAUAUCUUCCAGUAGAGUGUUCGGGUGGAAGAGCAGUCAUCGUUGGACACUCGGUCUACAUUGUGACAGAACAAAUACAUUGCAUAAAAUACUGUACAGAAAAGAAUAAAUGUACCAUCCUUAAAGAUCAACCAGAGAGACGUCAAAUGUUUGGACUUUAUCUGAAAGAGAAGAACAUAUUUGUGACUGGAGGAAUGAAUGAGCAGAAUGAGUCUGUAAACUUUGAUCUUGUUUAUUCAACUUCCGAGAACCUUUGGACAAAGGUUGAUCACAAAGAAGAGACGUGGCAAGGGGUGUCUGGGCAAUGCAUUGUAAAGGUUCCAAGUCAUAUUCAAUUCCAUCCAUUGUGUUAAACCAUUCCAUGUAUUUUUCGAACCAAAUAUCUACUUUAUUUAGCUUUUAGUUAUUUCUUGUACGUUUUACUGUUCUUUUUUGCAAUUUUAGCUUAAAAAUCAUCCUUUCGUUUGCUCAGGGUAUA